GACAGAGGCCACAUUAUGAGCGAGUGAAUGAAAAGAGGACACUACUUGACUCUGCUCAUAUCCUCUCUUCGUAACCGUAACCCUCCUCCGUUAGCGCCGCCACCUUCAUUCCAUUUUCGCGGCGUCUCCUCCUCUUCCAGAUCUCCGGCCACCGCCAUGCCUGGACCAGACGCUCUCGAUUUGGAGUGGCCGGCGAAGCGCGUCAGAGACACCUUCGUCAACUUCUUCAAGGAAAGCAAGAACCAUGUGUACUGGCAGUCUAGCCCUGUCGUUCCCUUCAACGACCCCACCCUCCUCUUUGCCAACGCUGGUAUGAACCAGUUCAAGCCAAUAUUUCUGGGAACUGCUGAUCCAAACACUGACUUGAGCAAGCUGUCUCGUGCUUGCAAUACCCAAAAAUGCAUACGAGCUGGUGGUAAACACAAUGAUCUUGACGAUGUAGGAAAAGAUACCUACCAUCACACCUUCUUUGAGAUGCUCGGCAAUUGGUCGUUUGGGGAUUACUUUAAAACAGAAGCCAUUGGCUGGGCGUGGGAACUUCUAACCAAAGUUUAUAAAUUACCAUCAGAUCGGAUUUAUGCAACCUAUUUUGGUGGUGAUGAGAAGGCUGGUCUUGCCCCUGAUACUGAGGCUAGAGAUAUAUGGUUACAGUUUUUGCCACCUGGACGGGUGCUUCCUUUUGGCUGUAAAGACAAUUUCUGGGAGAUGGGUGAUACUGGUCCUUGUGGACCUUGCACAGAAAUACAUUUUGACAGAAUCGGUAACCGUGACGCUGCAUCAUUGGUUAAUAAUGAUGAUCCUACCUGCAUUGAGAUAUGGAACCUUGUCUUUAUUCAGUUCAAUAGGGAGGCUGAUGUCUCUCUUAAAUCUCUGCCUGCAAAGCAUGUUGAUACAGGAAUGGGUUUUGAACGAUUGACCUCUAUACUACAGAACAAAAUGAGCAAUUAUGACACCGACGUCUUCUUGCCUAUCUUUGAUGCUAUUCAGCUGGCAACUGGUGCUCGGCCAUAUUCUGGGAAAGUUGGAGCAGAUGAUGCAGAUAAAGUUGACAUGGCAUACAGAGUUGUUGCCGAUCACAUCAGAACUCUGUCAUUUGCUAUUGCUGAUGGGUCUCGCCCUGGUAAUGAGGGCCGUGAGUAUGUUCUGAGGCGUAUACUCCGUCGAGCUGUUCGGUAUGGACGUGAAGUGCUAAAAGCUAAAGAGGGAUUUUUCAAUGGGCUUGUAAGCGUUGUGGUGAAUGUGAUGGGUGAUGUUUUUACUGAGCUAAAACAACAGGAAGCGCACAUUAGGGACAUAGUUAAAGAGGAGGAGGAAAGUUUUGGCAGAACAUUAAUUAAGGGGAUUGAAAAAUUUGAGUCAUCUGUUCGACAUGUUCAGGGAAAGCUUCUGAGUGGGGAGGCAACAUUUGUCUUGUGGGAUACAUUUGGGUUCCCGUUAGAUCUGACUCAGUUGAUGGCUGAAGAAAAGGGAUUACUUGUUGAUGUGGAAGGUUUUAAUAGUGCCAUGGAAGCUGCAAGAGAGAGAUCAAGAAAUGCUCAAACAAAGCAAGCUGGUGGUGCCAUUGUCAUGGAUGCUGAUGCUACCUCUGCAUUGCACAAAAAAGGCAUUCUCCCAACAGAUGAUAGCUUCAAAUAUGUUUGGUUCAAGGACCAUCAGAGUGGGGUAAAAGCAAUAUAUACUGGUUCUGAGUUUGUGGAUUCUGUUAAUACUGAUGGUGACAUCGGUGUUAUUCUGGAAUCUACAAGCUUCUAUGCUGAGCAAGGUGGUCAGAUUUUUGACACUGGAUCACUUGAGUGUCAACAUGCUUCAUUUCAAGUUCGUAAUGUUCAAGUUUUUGGAGGCUUUGUCCUUCACAUUGGUAAUGGAACUGGUAUCUCUGUUGGUGACAAAGUAGUAUGUAAGGUUGACUAUGGAAGACGUGCCCUUAUAGCCCCAAACCAUACCUGCACACACAUUUUAAAUUUUGCUCUUCGGGAAGUACUAGGUGAUCAUGUUGACCAGAAAGGAUCUAUUGUUCUUCCUGAAAAAUUGAGAUAUGAUUUUUCUCAUGGCAAGCCUGUUGAUGCUGAUAACUUGAGGAGAAUCGAGUCAAUUGUUAAUGAGCAAAUAAAAGCUGAAUUGGAUGUAAAUGCAAAGGAGGUUACUCUUGCCGAUGCCAAGCGAAUCAAUGGUUUGCGAGCUGUUUUUGGAGAAGUCUAUCCUGAUCCGGUUCGAGUUGUAUCAGUUGGAGAAAAAGUUGAGGAUCUCCUUGCUGAUCCCGGGAAUGAUAAAUGGUUAUCGAUAUCAUCAGAAUUAUGUGGCGGUACCCAUAUUUCAAACACACGUGAGGCUAAAGCCUUUGCACUUUUGUCUGAGGAGGGAAUUGCAAAAGGAAUCCGCAGAAUAACAGCUGUUACAACUGAGCGUGCUUAUGACGCAAUGAAAACGGCCGAUGAAUUUGAGCAGGAAGUAGAUCAUGCAGCUAAAUUAGAAGGAAGUUUGCUGGAAGAGAAAGUUUCAUAUCUGAAAAGCAAUGUGGAAACAUUAUCAAUUCCAGCAGCCAAGAAAGCUGACAUCAAGACCAAGAUAGCCCGGCUUCAGGAUCAAGUGAGAAAAGCACAAAAGCAGGUUGCCGAAGAGAACAAACGUAAAGCUGUAACAAUCACAGUUGAGAAGGCUGAACUCGCUGCUUCAGACGGGAAAAAAUUCUGCAUAUCUCAUGUUGAUGUUGGUCUGGAUGUAGCUGCAGUUCGUGAGGCCGUUACGAAAGUCAUGGACCAGAAGGGGUUAUCCGUGAUGGUUUUUAGCACUGAUAAAUCUACCAACAAGGCUGUUAUUUGUGCUGGGGUUCCGGAGAAAGGAGAUAAAGGUAAGCUAGAUGUGUCAGAGUGGCUGAGUAAUGCUUUGGAGCCACUAAAAGGGAGAUGUGGUAAAGGAAAAGGUGGUCUUGCAACAGGACAGGGUACCGAUGCUUCACACGUAAAUGAGGCUAUGGACUUUGCUACAAAAUUUGCAUCCAUGAAAUUAACUUAAUGGUAUAUGUGGUGAAUGCAUUAUCUUUCGUAUAAUCAUUCAGAAGGAAGGGGGCUUUGUGGUAACUAUUAGAUCAAGAUCACAGAUUUCUAAUUUUUGUGCCUGAUAUUUUCUUGGGUUAUUGCCUUAGAGUUUUUUUAUUAUUAUAGAAGCAUGUAUUAUUUCACAAUACAUUAGAAAUUGCUUUGAUGUUAGCAGGCAAUAUAUUUUCAGAUAUUCUGAAAAUUUAAACCUUUAGCUUUGUUGUUAUUUGAUUUGAACAUGUUGAUUUUACUGUACAUCAACGAUUGUGUUCAUUGCAAUUUUUCCAUUAGAAACUUUGUAUUUAA